AGUUAAAUUAAAUAAAUUGAGGAUGUGGCAAAAAAAAAGUGGCCACGUCAGCUGGUGCGGUGCAGGGAGGGAUUAUUUACAAAGUGCGAAGUGUGUGUGUGUCGCACUUUGCAUUGUGUCAGGAGAGAGAGAGGAGCACGUUGUUGUUCAGGUGAGGCGGAGGAGCGGGCGAGCGCGCGCAGCUCCGCGUGCUCGGCGGGCUCGGCCGCGCUCGCCACACUCGCAGACAUCUACGACGAGGACGAAGAGGUGCGGCCGCUCAGCGAGUGGCAGCUGCUGCGGCUGAACGCGCCGGAGUGGGCGGCGCUGGUGGUGGGCGCGGCGGCGGCCGUGGUACAGGGCGCCUGCUUCCCCGUCAUGGCGUGGCUGGUGGGCGAGGCCGCCGGGAUAUUCGUGUUGCGGGAGCGCGCCGAGGUGCUGCAACGCGCGGACUUGUUCGCGGGCAUGUGCGUGCUCGUGGGCGCGGUGGCGGCGCUCGCCAUGUUCCUGCAGAACGCCACCUUCACGCACUCCGGCCUCCGCCUCACCAACAGGCUGCGACACCAGUACUUCUCUGCGAUACUGCGCCAGGAGGUGGGAUUCUUCGACAAGGCGAGCAACCGCGUGGGCGCGGUGUGCGCGCGGCUGAGCGGGGACGCGGCCGAGGUGCAGGCGGCGACCGGUCUGCGGCUGGGGCUGGUGCUGCAAGGCGUCAGCUCCAUGCUCAUCGGCGUCGUGAUGGCCUUCUGCUACGGCUGGAAGCUGACGCUCGUCGGCCUCGCCAUCUUGCCGCUGAUGUUCGCGAGCAUCUUCCUGGAGCGUCUGGUGUCGCAGAGCGCGCAGCGGCUGGAGCGCGCCGCCAUGGAGGACGCCACCGCCGUCGCCACGGAGGCCAUCGUCAGCAUCCGCACCGUGCAGAGCCUAGGCGUGGAGCGCGUGUUCCUGCAGCGGUUCAGCGAGGCGCUGGGGCGGGCGCAGGCGGCGGUGGCGCCGGGCAUGUGGUGGCGCGGCCUCGUGCUCGGCCUCGACCUCUACGUGCCCUUCAUGAUCUUUUGCAGCGUGAUGGUGUACGGCGCGAUACUCGUCGCCCGCGAGGGCUUCGCCUAUAAUAAUGUUAUGCUGUCGGUAUUUCUUCAUUUAAAAUACUUUUGAAUGGAAUAAAAUAAAUAUCCAACUGAGAUGUGA